AUGGCGAAAGAACCGUCACAGCCCUCGUCGAGGACAAGCUCUAAACCGUCAUCGGUCAAGUCCGCCUCCUCACAACAAGAAUCAAUCACUUCCAAGGCGACUACUCUUGUAGCCGCACCGAACGGCAAGCCUGUUAACGGCAUCUCUCCAGCCCCGUCUCCCGGAGUUGAUAACAAGCCUCUCGAGAAGACCCCCUCGGUGAAGGACAGGAUAACGCGCAUGUUCAUGACAACACAUAGCUCGGCUUCCACUUCUAAAAACCCUAGUGGAGUCUCCACUCCCGCCUCUGGCCCGACCCGUAAACCGACGCUCAACGAAAGGGCCCCCACUCCAGCGGUACCUGCCUCCUCCGCCGCGUCCGCAGCCGGCUCGACACCAGCGUAUCGCCCGAGCCCAAAACCCAAAGAACCCCCUCAACGCUUUACGAUAGUCCCUGACGCUCCAGGCGGACACGAGCACUACCUGAAAAAUAGUAGAAGACAGGAGAAGCUGUCCGACCUCUGGAGAAGUUUGAUCGGCAAGAAGCCGGAGAGCGAACUCUCGCUGGUCACCACGUGGAUGGACACAUAUCAAGACGGCAAGGACAUAGUACCCGGCGCCGUUGCACCUGAGAAGAAGCUCAACCCCCACACGACGCAGACGCUGUUAGAAAAAUACGGCAAAUGCCAAGAGAUCAUCGGACGCGGCGCUUUCGGUGUGGUGCGUAUUUCGCACAAGAAACUCGAGAACGGCGCGGGCGAGAAGCUGUUCGCAGUCAAGGAGUUCCGCCGACGGCCCGAGGAAUCCGAACGGAAGUACAAUAAGAGGUUGACAUCCGAGUUCUGCAUCUCCUCGUCUCUCCGCCACCCCAACGUCAUUCACACCCUCGACUUGCUCAAGGACGCGAAGGGUGAUUAUUGCGAGGUGAUGGAGUUUUGCGCCGGUGGUGACCUACACUCCCUCGUUGUCUCGGCCGUGAAGCUCGAGGCCCAGGAAGCAGAUUGCUUUUUCAAACAGUUGAUGCGCGGCGUGAACUACCUCCAUGAGAUGGGCGUGGCUCACCGAGACCUCAAACCCGAGAACCUUCUUCUCACAACCCACGGCGCCCUCAAAAUUACGGAUUUCGGGAACGGCGAAUGCUUCCGAAUGGCGUGGGAAACGGAUGCUCACAUGGUUUCGGGUCUCUGCGGCUCUGCGCCUUACAUCGCACCUGAGGAAUACACAGAUAAGGAGUUCGACCCCCGCGCUGUCGAUGUUUGGGCAUGCGGUGUGAUCUACAUGGCCAUGAGAACUGGACGACACCUUUGGCAUGUGGCGAAGAAGGACGAGGACGAAUUUUAUGCCCGAUAUCUUGAAGGUCGCCGGGAUGAGGAGGGAUACCAGCCGAUUGAAUCUCUUCAUAGGGCUCGCUGUCGAAACGUCAUCUACUCGAUCCUAGAUCCAAACCCUAAGAGACGACUUGCCGCGUCGCAGGUCCUCAAGUCGGAAUGGGGUCGAGAAAUAAAAGUCUGCAAGGCGGGCGAGGAAGGUAUAUAA